AUGCAUCCAGAUUCUAGACCCUUACAGACGCUGCUGUACAUGACUCUCCUGAUGCUCUGCGCUUCUGUGAGUCCAGACUUGGCACCUUAUUUUGUUUCUGAGCCAUUGUCUGCUGUCCAGAAACCUGGUGGACCUGUAGCACUGCAUUGCUCUGCUAAACCUGUGACUGCUCGCAUCUCAUGGUUGCAUAAUGGAAAAAGGUUGGACAGAAACGUGGAGCAGAUUAAGGUUCAUCAGGGCACGUUGACUAUCCUUUCUCUUAACCCCUCACUUGCGGGUUAUUACCAGUGCGUUGCCAACAACAGCAUCGGUGCCAUCCUGAGUGGUCCUGCAACCAUAUCCACUGCAGUUCUUGGUGAUUUUGGUGCAUCCACAAAACAUGUUAUCACGGCAGAAGAAAAGAGUACCGGUUUCAUUGGCUGCAAGGUACCAGACAGUAACCCCAAAGCUGAAGUGCGCUAUAAAAUCAGGGGAAAGUGGCUGAAGCGGUCCACAGAGAAUUAUCUAAUCCUUCCUUCAGGAAAUCUUCAGAUUUUGAAUGUAUCCUUAGAGGACAAAGGAUCGUAUAAAUGUGCAGCUUUUAAUCCUAUCACACAUGAGUUAAAAGUUGAACCCACUGGCCAAAAGCUCCUUGUGAGUCGUCCUUCUUCAGAUGACUUUCACAUUCUUCACCCCACCUUUUCACAGGCAUUAGCCGUUCUCUCUCGUAGCCCCGUGACCCUGGAGUGUGUGGUGAGUGGGGUCCCGGCCUCUCAUGUGCGCUGGCUGAAGGAUGGUCAGGAUGCGGUGGUGGGAGGCACGUGGAGAAGGCUGUAUACGCAUCUUGCCACGGACAGCAUUGACCCAGCGGACUCCGGCAACUACUCUUGUGUGGUGGGGAACAAGUCUGGAGAUGCCAAACACGUGUCUUACGUGGUGAAUGUACUUGAACGUGCUUCAAUUUCUAAAGGACUGCAGGAUCAGACAGUGUCUCUAGGUGCGACAGUACAAUUCACGUGUGAAGUUCAUGGGAACCCAGCGCCCAACCGUACCUGGUUUCACAAUGCCCAGCCUAUUUACUCUUCCCCACGACAUCUAACUGUGGGAAAUGGAUUGAAAAUCAGUGGUGUUACCAUGGAAGAUUCCGGGCUGUAUCAGUGUGUAGCAGAUAAUGGGAUUGGAUUUACACAGUCUACUGGGAGACUUGAAAUUGAAAAAGGCAGUGGACUCAAGCCCAUUAUAGUUAGAGCGCCAACAAGUGCAGAGGUGGCCAUUGGUGACUCUGUGACUUUGUCCUGCAAUGCCACUGGGGUACCGGUGCCCACCAUCCGUUGGUACGACAAGCACGGAUUGAUAACCAGUCAUCUGUCUCAAGCUCUUAGAUCUAAAUCCCGAAAACCCCACUUAUUAAGACCUGGGAGUUCUGACCCAGAGCCUGUCACAUCCCGGGCGGGCUCAGGCUCUCUGCACAUUCAGGCUGUUACUCGGGAACACGCCGGGAAGUACACCUGUGAAGCCACAAACACACAUGGCACCACACGGUCGGAAGCCGUCCUUAUGGUUGUUCCUUUUGAGACAGACACCAAAGCAGAAAUAGUCACAUCUUCUGAUCCCACUCAGAAUGAUAAAAGUGAUGAUUCAGAAACUGGAUCAUUGAGCUCAUUUCCGGAGAAAGAACAUUCCAGUGCCAAGGAAUCAUCAUCAGAGAAAAAUGCUAGUGGCACCUCUGUCCCUGACGCCCCCAUCAUUCUGAGCCCCCCUCAGACACACACACCAGACACCUACAACCUGGUCUGGAGGGCAGGGAAGGAUGGCGGGCUGCCCAUCAAUGCCUAUUUCGUGAAGUACCGAAAGCUGGAAGAUGGUGUUGGUGUCGUGGGGAGCUGGCACACAGUUCGAGUCCCAGGAAGUGAGAAUGAGCUCCAUUUAACGGAACUGGAGCCAUCGAGCCUCUACGAAGUUUUGAUGGUGGCGAGGAGUGCAGCUGGGGAAGGACAGCCUGCCAUGCUCACCUUCCGAACCAGCAAAGAGAAAACAGCAUCGUCCAAAAAUACCCAGGCCUCCUCUCCACCUGUGGGCAUCCCUAAGAGCCCUGUUGUUUCAGAGGCUGCAGACAACUUCGGAGUGGUGCUCACAGAUUCCUCUAGGCAUAGUGGAGUCCCAGAGGCACCUGACCGGCCUACUAUCUCCACUGCAUCAGAGACGUCUGUCUAUGUCACAUGGAUUCCUCGGGCCAACGGGGGCUCUCCAAUCACUGCCUUCAAGGUCGAAUAUAAACGGAUGAGGACUAGUGAUUGGCUGGUGGCAGCUGAAGACAUCCCUCCUUCUAAGCUUUCUGUGGAAGUUCGUAGCUUAGAGCCAGGUUCAACAUACAAAUUUAGGGUCAUUGCUAUCAACCAUUAUGGUGAGAGUUUUCGGAGUUCAGCUUCUCGUCCGUACCAGGUGGCUGGGUUCCCCAAUCGCUUUUCUAACCGUCCAAUAACUGGACCUCACAUUGCAUACACAGAAGCUGUCAGUGAUACUCAGAUCAUGCUAAAGUGGACGUACAUUCCGUCGAGUAACAAUAACACUCCCAUCCAAGGGUUUUAUAUCUAUUACCGGCCAACGGAUAGCGACAAUGACAGCGAUUACAAGAGGGAUGUUGUGGAAGGUUCAAAGCAGUGGCACAUGAUCGGCCACCUGCAGCCAGAAACCUCCUAUGAUAUUAAAAUGCAAUGCUUCAAUGAAGGAGGAGAGAGCGAGUUCAGUAACGUGAUGAUCUGUGAAACAAAAGUGAAACGGGUCCCUGGAGCUUCUGAGUAUCCCAUCAAAGACUUGAGCACCCCUCCAAAUUCCUCGGGGAGUGGCGGGAACGUGGGCCCUGCCGCCAGCCCCACCAGAAGCAGCGACAUGCUGUACCUGAUCGUUGGCUGUGUGCUGGGGGUGAUGGUGCUCAUUCUCAUGGCUUUCAUUGCCAUGUGCCUGUGGAAGAACCGCCAGCAGAACACCAUACAGAAAUACGACCCACCAGGCUAUCUCUACCAAGGGUCAGAUGUCAAUGGGCAGAUGGUGGAAUACACCACUCUGCCUGGCACAAACCGGAUAAAUGGAAGUGUUCAUGGAAGCUUCAGCAAUGGCUGCUCACAUCUGCACCACAAAGUCCCCAAUGGAGUCAGCGGGAGCUUAAAUGGAGGGCUCUACUCCGGGCACGUGAGCUCUCUAACCAGAACACGUGUGGAUUUUGAACAUCCUCGUCAUCUAGUGAACGGUGGUGGCCUGUACACAGCGGUACCUCCAACUGACCCGAUGGAGUGCAUUAACUGUCGAAAUUGUCGGAACAACAAUAGGUGUUUCACCAAAGCCAGCAGCACUUUCAGCAGCAGCCCCCUUCCUGUGGUCCCAGUGAUAGCACCUUAUCCUCAAGAGGGUUUGGAAAUGAAGCCCUUCAGUCACAUGAAGAUGCCUGUGUGUCUGGCUUCCACAGUCCCCGACUGUGUUCAGUCACCCGAGGAGGGCAUCGCCGAGGACAUGACACCAACACCUGCUCAGCCGAUUUGCUGUCAAGACAAUAGAGAUGCGACCAACUCUGACUGUGUGGAAGAUACAGCAGAGUUCCACAGAGGAGACAGCUGUGUGCCCUCAGAAGCUGAGAGCAUUUUAAGUUUUAAUCCUCUUAUUUUGCCACCUGUCUCAAAGGACUGUACUGAAAAGACACCAUGGUGCCCUCCUGGCACUCCUGUAGACAGUCCUCCAGGCGUCCUUCAGCAAUCCCAGGAGACCUGA